CUAAGAAGAAAACCAUUAACACGGUUAUGGUUUUAACGAUUUGUUGAUUUUAUUAUCACAUACUUUUUUUAUUUACAUUACGAUAAUACGAUUUACCAUUUACGCAAGAUGGGAUGGACUAUGGAGUAAUAUGGAAAAGUUUGAAAGUUUAAUCGUUUUGUUGUGGAUUAUUGGAUCUUUUCUAGUAGGUUCACAAGUGACAAGUUCAUUAUAAAUAGAUAGAUAGGUAUGUAAACAACAAUAUGUAUUUUGGUCCGGUUAGUGCAUCCCACACUCUCUCCCGCGACAGUGAUGGGAAAGAACGAGUUCGUAAGAACGCGUUCAUAUUGUGUGAACUUGACAUGACACAGUUUUAUUUUUCAAGAAAUGAACUUCAACGUGAACUAAGUUCUUUUUAAUAGAUAUAAUAGAUUAUAAUUAAUAUAAUAUUUACGUUAAUACAUAUUUUUAUUAGCCCAUGUUUGAUCAUUACCCAAAACAAAGGAGACUGGACAAUGAUGCAAAAAUUAUGGUCACAAAAUUAGUUCAUAUGAAAGUGAAUAAAAAAAUCUUACAAAACGACUUAAUGCAGACCCAUGACAAAAUAAUUACUUUGAAAGACAUACAUAACGUUUUAUCCAAAUCCCCAGCAACUGAUGCCUUGAACAAUUUGGUGAAUACAUAUGAAAACAAAUCAAAUGUUGACUUAGAAAUCAUAAAAAAAUUAAAAUAAUGAACUACAAGCCAUAUUCUAUCAAGAUGCAGAAAUGAAACGAAUAUUUUCUUUAUGUCCAGAAGUUUCAUUUAUUGAUGCCAUUUAUAAAUUAAAUGAUUUAAGAUUGCCACUUUAUGUUUUUUUAGAUUUGUAAUCAGUAAUUAUUACUAUAAUAUUAUUAUUUAUUGUAUAAAUAUGUUUAAAGUUGUCGAUUCAAAUGGGCAAAGUGAAAUUGUUGGAUUUUGUCUUCUUACAUCUGAAGACUCAGAAAAUGUUACAAACAUGGCAUCUACUUUUCAAAAAUGGAAUCCAGCAUGGAAGAGUACAACGUGUAUAAUGGCGGAUAAAGACUUUGUAGAAAGAAACGUGUUCAAAAACAAAUUUACUGACGAACAUACUUUAAUUUGUAUUUUCCACUGUUUAAGAUCAAUGUCUAGAGAAAUAACAACAGAAAAAAUGAAUAUUACAUUAGGUAAUAGAACCAACAAUAGGCUAGAAAGUACCAAUCAAAAAAUAACCCAGGUAGUAACAAAACAUUUGAGACUGGAUCAAUUAUUUCAAGGCCUAGAAAUGUUGAUGGUCACUCUUAGGACAGAAAGAGACCAUGUGGCCCAUGAAUGUUUUACAAAAACUCCCAGUUAUUUUAACGAUCUAACCAAAAAUGAAAAAGAAAUUUAUCACCAUCUAACCACAUAUGCAUUUAAUAAAGUUAUAAAAAAAUUCAGACUACGGGAUGAUGUGGACAUAAAAAUAAUUGAUAAAAAUUUACAAAUAGUUACCAUUCAAUCUAGUGAAGGGAUUCUAACUACUUCUAUAUGGAAAUGUAGUUGCUCGUUUGAUACGAGUAUGAAUUUACCUUGUCAUCACAUUUUCAAAGUACAACAAAUGUUUACAGUAGAAUUGUACAACCCACAUCUUAGUGCUGAAAGGUGGACAAGACAAUUUUAUUCUAAAGUAUGUAGAGUAAUGCCUGCAAAUGUAAGUCAAACAUUAAGUAAUUUAGACGAGGUAUGUACUAAUGAAAACCAUGUAGUCAGUAUUUCAAUGGUAAAAAAGGAUAAGAAGAAAAUACCAAAUGCACAUGAGAAAUUUAGACAGGCUUAUAUAGAAGCCAAAAGAUUAGCUUCACUGACAUCAGAGGCUACAGGGAAAAAAUAUGAACAACGGUUAAAUGUAUUGAAACAUAUUGCUCAUUUAUGGGAAAGUGAUAUAAAUAUUACAACUACGAAUAUAGAUGAGUUAAACAAGAUAAAUUAUUGAUGAAUUGGUAGCAAUAGAUGAAGUUAGGUGCUAUUUCACAGAAGACAGUUGGCCUGCUAUCCAACAAAUCAUCAAAUUAAAAAAACAGUCAGCUACUUGGAACUGUACGAUAUGUUUGAAAGAUUCAACAACAAAAUCUAUAUGUUGUAUUAGGUGUUUAGAGUGGUCGCACUUUGAUUGUGUUGGUAUAAACCAACAUUUUAAAUCAAAACUAUGGUUUUGCAACACUUGCAAAAUUAAUGAAAAACAGUGAAGUUUUCACACAUUAAAUUUAUUUUAUUACAUAUACCU